AUGGAUAACUCAAGUUAUGAAACUGCAUAUGAUUUUGUCAAUAAGUUUCCUGACGAAACCGUCCAAGAGGUUCUUCCCGCUGCUUUGAAGAAAAGCUACACCAUAGCUUACAACGAGAAGAAGCCGGUCGAAAAACUCGCUGAUGAUGAAAGUAUUUACGAUAGAAGAAUUCGAAAGUUGUGCGCUGGUGCUUUACGAUGUUUAAGCUUGCAUUGCAAGAGACCUGAAGGGGUCAAAGAUCAACGGCCAUCCACCAAGGAAAAAGACAGUUACGGCUACUCCAAAAGGUUUGAAUGCCCAUAUUGUAAGGCGCCAUUGGAGAAGGUUCCUUGUGGUGUUCCUGUAACUUUUACCUUCCGUGUAAAUGACUCUCGCAGAGAAGACAGAGGCAGUACCGUAACAAUGCGUCAAGAAAUAACAGAAACGAAGAAGCACACACACACCAUUUACAACUCGCUCCAUCUCGAUAGAUACGAAAAGAGGGAGCUUAACAAGAUGAUAAAAACAAGACCAAACAUCACUGCUGAUGCUGCAAUUUCUGGCAUUGAUCCCUAUACUGGUGAAAUUACGAAAAGUAUCAGAAAAAUUAACAAUUUGAUGGCUAAUCAUGGACGUACUAAGUAUGAGAUCCGAAGAUCAAAGAUCCAACAGGAUCUGUAUACUACAAAAGAAGAUGCUGUGGCUGCGUUCCAAAAUCUUGAUGAGAAGUAUCCACACUUCAUGGAUUCAGCCCAAAUUCUCCCUAGCAAGUUUUUUGUAAGCUUUUGCUCACCAGAAAUGCUUAAACGCAAUCUGCCUUUUUCCGACCAACCCAUCGUAACAGAUGUUACGUUCAAGGCCGUCCCAAAGGGGUAUUAUCUUUGCUCAAGUGUCAUAUACAUCGAGCAACUCAAAAAGCAUGUCGUCUUUUAUCAAGCGAUAAUCAAAAGCAAAAACGCUCAAGUUUUCAAGCAGUAUUUUGUUGCCUUGUUUAGAAAGUUCGACAUCAAGCUAGAGCAGUUUUUGGGAGUCAUCAUGGAUUUCUCAGCUGCGCAACACGAAGGGUUCAUACUAGCCCUUAGGGAGGUUUUUGGUGUCAAGCAGCACAACGCAUUGCCCUUUUUGAAAGGUUGCUAUAUGCAUUGGAUGCAGUCAGUCAGACGGCUGUCUAACAAUUAUCAAGUUGUCAAGCCAGAUGAUAUUGAUCUGAUUUUGAAGUUAGUUCAUCGCUUCCGUACAACCAGCAAUUCAAUUGAAUUCUACCGUACCGGCCAAGAGAUUCUCUCUAAAUUUCCCAACAGCAAAAAGUGGCUGCAAUGGUGGUUACAGCCUGGCGUAUCAAGCAUGAUCUUCAGAUACAAAUUAUUGAUGAAAAAGGAAUUGAGACAGCACAAGAGCCGCACGUCCAACGCGAUUGAGGCAUUCCACAGUGCGCUCUACAAGCUGAUGCCUGAGAAGAGACAACCUGUUGCCACCAGUCUUUGA